AGGGUCGGUUGAGGGUCGCUUUGAAGGUGCACGUAUCCCCCUCUCCCUCUUCCUCCUCUUCGUCCUCCUCUGCUCUCCACUUUUAAAACCCUCUCAUUCUCUACCCACUUUCUCAUUCUCCCUCUCUUCUUCCAUGUUGAUCUCUGCUCUCACCCUUUACAAAUUAAUGGUUUAGCUCUCAUUGGUCUCUUCCUCUUCUCCCCUUCCACCUCUCUGCUUCAAAGUCAAAAGCAAAACCUCCAAUCAGUCCAAGCUGAAGAAAGAAGACAAAUAAAUUUGUUUCUUCUAUCUUUUCACUCUCUCUUCCUCUGUUUCUCUGGUGAUCCUUGAUUUCUGGCUUUUUUCCUGCAUUGACAAUGUUAGUUUCGAAACUGCAAGUCUUCUAUAUUAACUCACAAUGCGAAAAUAGUUGAAAGAAGUUUCGAUUCUUCAUAAAUACUGUGAAAUUGAGACCAAUUGGUUGGUGGGUUUUUAAGUUCCUACCCAAUUUCAGAAGAAAUCCUCUGGCAAUGGCAGAACCAUUGAACUCAGAAGCAGAGAGCAGUGGCCACUCUUUCACAUCAUCUCCAUCUUCUCCUCCUUCACCUGGUUCAUCUCAAUCUCUUCUCAAACCAGUCUUAGACCCAUCAUCUAAACUGACCAAAUUACAAGACACAGAAGAGAAGAAGAAAUCUAAAAGGACAAGAGAUUGCAGCAGCAGCAGCAGCAGUAGCAACAGCAACAACAGCAGCAACAGCAAAUACCCUGUUUACAGAGGAGUUCGAAUGCGAAAUUGGGGCAAAUGGGUAUCUGAAAUUAGAGAGCCUCGCAAGAAAUCAAGGAUCUGGCUUGGCACAUUCCCAACACCUGAAAUGGCCGCCAGAGCCCACGACGUCGCCGCCUUAAGCAUCAAAGGUAAUUCAGCGAUUCUCAAUUUCCCAGAACUCUCUGGAUCGUUACCAAGGCCAGCAAGUCUAUCUCCUCGUGAUAUUCAAGCUGCAGCAGCCAAAGCAGCUGCCAUGGACAAAUUUGAUGCUCCAACUUCAUCUUCCUCGUCAUCUUCAUCAUUGUCUUCGUCAUCGUUGGGGUCGACAUCAGAUGAAUUGAGCGAGAUUGUGGAGUUACCUCGACUAGGAACGAGCUUAGACAACUCCCCCCAGUGCCAAAAUGAUUUCUUACUCGACUCUGUUGAUGGGUGGCCGUAUCCGCCGCCGUGGUUGCCUAGCCCUGACGAUUGUGUUUACUUUUCCGAUCAUGUUCCGGUGCUGGAGAGUGUAACAAGUGGGUUUGAAGCUUUACUUUGGGAUUACUAGUUGGAACCUGAUGGUGUGUCCUUCAUCCUUUCUCUGUAUUUAUCUUCUCUGUUUAAUCUUUAGUCCUCUUUAAUUUUUCUUUGAAGGGCUAAAAACUUGAAAAAAAUCCUCCCUCUCUCUCUCUCUCUCUCUCUCUCUCUUUCUUUCUGUCCGUUCCCUCUUCACUGAAAUCGACUGUACAGUUUUAGCAAGGAAAGAGGAAAUAUGUCAGAAGCUGUCUUAGUCAGUUGGUUUUAGUCUUUUCUCUCUCUAAAAAAGAGAGACUUUUAUUAGAUUGUGUGGUUGUGAUAUUUUCUUGAGCAAAGCUUUCAGUUUCCAUUAAUAAACACUUUGAAGCUUCUCUCUC